CCGCUUCCUUCAAAUCUUCCCCGAGACGCUCUCUAAAUCCCAAUUUUAUUAAUUUGUUCGUCUUCUUCUUCUUCUGAUUCAAAGUCAAUUACAGUUAAAAUCUGGGUUUUUCUUUUGAUUUCAAAUCCAAGUAUCGAUCUUCGAUUCCUCCACCCUAAUAAAACCCUAAUUUUUCAAAAAAAAAAAUGCAAUCGGAUUCGGGUUUGCCUCCCAAGACGUAUUCGGGUGUCAAAUUCGCUCUCGUUGGAUUCAAUCCCAUCCAUGGAAACUCGUUACGGUCGAAGCUAGUGAGUGGUGGUGGUGUUGAUGUUGGCCAAUUCACUCAGUCAUGUACUCACCUCAUCGUAGAUAAGCUUCUCUAUGAUGAUCCGAUUUGCGUUGCUGCUCGAAACAGCGGGAAGGUAGUUGUCACCGGGUCAUGGGUUGAUCACAGCUUCGACAUUGGAAUGCUUGACAAUGCAAAUUCGAUAUUGUAUAGGCCUCUUAGAGAUUUGAAUGGGAUUCCAGGGUCCAAAGCCUUAGUUGUGUGCUUGACUGGCUACCAAGGUCAUGAUAGAGAAGAUAUUAUGAGAAUGGUUGAGUUGAUGGGUGGGCAGUUCUCCAAGCCGUUGGUUGCUAACAGAGUGACCCAUCUUAUAUGCUACAAGUUUGAGGGAGAAAAGUAUGAGCUAGCCAAGCGGAUUAAGAGGAUUAAACUUGUGAACCACCGUUGGUUAGAGGACUGCUUAAAGAAUUGGAAGCUCCUACCUGAGGUUGAUUACGAGAUAAGUGGCUAUGAGUUGGACAUAAUGGAGGCUUCAGCUAGGGAUUCUGAGGACGAAGCAGAAGAUGCCUCUGUCAAGCCUGCAAAUACCAGUCCUCUUGGUCUUAGGGUUGGUGCCGUGCCUGCAGUUGAAAUCUCUAAGCCGGGAGGAAAAGAUUUCCCUCUUGAGGAAGGGUCAUCAUUAUGUAAUACGUCCAAAGAUAAUUGGUUAACUCCUAAAAGGACGGACAGACCUUUUGAAGCAAUGGUCUCUACUGAUCUAGGUGUUGCUCAGCAGCAUAAUUACGUGUCCCCCAUUAGGGUUGCAAACAAGACUCCUGAGCAAGGGAUGAGCAAAAUGGAGACUGAUGGCUCGACGUCUAUUAACAGGAGUAUCAGAAGGCAUUCUUCUCUAGCCACUUAUUCAAGGAAAACACUUCAGAGAUCGCCAGAGACUGAUACUUUGGGAAAAGAGUCAAGUGGCCAAAACCGUUCCUUGAGAAUGGAUGACAAGGGCCUAAAAGCUUCGUCUGCCUUUAAUACCUCUGCAUCAAAAUCUGGUUCUUCCAUGGAAAGAACGUCACUCUUUCGAGAUCUUGGCAAGAUUGAUAUGUUGCAUGGCGAGGAGUUCCCUCCGAUGAUGCCUCAGGCAAAAUUUACAGAUGGAUCUGUCAGUAGGAAAGAUUCACUGAGAGUACACCACAACAGUGAGGCAAGUAUUCCACCACCGUCUAGUUUGUUAUUGCAGGAACUAAGACCAAGUUCGCCUAACGACAACCUUAGGCCUGUGAUGAGCAUUAGUGACCCAACUGAAAGUGAGGAAGCUGGCCAUAAAUCACCCACGAGUGAGUUAAACACUAAACUGUUGAGCUCUAAUGUGGUACCCAUGGUCGAUGCUCUUUCAACUGCGGAGAAUAUCAUUUCAAAUUGUGCGUGGGAUGAAAUACCGGAGAAAUCAUUGACUGAGAGAAUGACAGAAAAUGUCUUAUUGCAGGAACAAAGAUCAGGCUCACCUAAGCAAAACCUUAGUGUUGUGCCAAACCUCAGGGAAGCUGCACAUGAGUUGGAUCUGAGUGAUUCAGCAGCUAGGUUGUUCAAUUCAGGUGUUGUUCCCAUGGAAGCUGAUAUCAGAACUCCAGAAAAUUCUACUAUGAAGGGUGCAUUGGAUGAAGUACCUGAAAGAUCUGUAACUGACCCUGUGAUGAGGAGAUCUAGCACCUCUCCUGGAUCGGGUUUAAUCAGAAUGAAAGACAAGCAAGAAACAGAGCUGACCACGAAGAAAACAGCUCCAAAAAAGAGCCUAGGCACCAGAGGCAGGAAGAAGAACCCCAUUAACCAAAAGGGAUCAAUAUACUUGAGCGAACCUUCCCCAACGGACGAGCGCAAUGUUUGUCUAAACAAAGGAAAAGUUUCAGCGCCAGUAACAGGUAAUAGCAAUCAAAAAGAGAUAUCAAGCCCUGUCCUAAAUACUGAGGUUGUACAAGACAUGGCAAAACAUAUUGACACAGAGACUGAAGCCCUCCAGGGAAUUGACUCUGUAGAUAAUAAAUCUUUAGCCCCAGAAGAGAAAGACCAUCUUGUGUUGGAUCUGAUGGUGAACCAAGAUAAGCUGCAGGCUAAGACCCCAGAGGCAGCUGAUGCAGAGGUGGAAAUUACGGUGCUAGAACGGGAGCUUAAUGAUGUUCCAACUGAAGAUCCAAGUGAUGGUGCAUUACAAUCCGAGGUUGAUAAGAAUACAAGUAAACGCAAAAGGGAGGCUGGUGUAGGUAAAAAUAGCCUUCAAAGAGGGAAGAAAGGAAGUUCUUUUACAGCCAAAGUAGGAAAAUCCAGAGUCAAGAAGACCAAAAUAUCUAGAAAAGAAAAUGAUAUCAAAGCAAAUGGUACUCUGAUGAAAGAUGGAGGGGAUAACUCUGCGGAUGGGAAGGAGAACUUAGCAUUGGAACAUGAAAAUGGGAAGGUCAGUUCUGGUGGAGACCAAAGCCUUGUUGCGGGGGAAACAUUAACAAGAAAGGAAGCUGCCACUAAAGAUCCAAGCUAUGCUGCAGCGCAAUUAGAGGUUGAUACAAAGAAAGGUAAACGCAGAAAGCAGGCCACUGUAGAAGAAAAUAGGCUUCAAACACCUAGUGUCAAAAAGGCGAAAGUUUCUAAAAAAGAAGAUGGCGCCAAAGCAAACAAUACUGUGAAGAAAGAUAUAUGGAUUCACUCUGCAGAAGUGAAGGAGAAUGUAGCAGUAGAUGAAAAUUGUGGAGAUGUCAGUUCUGAUGGAGCUCAAAGCCUGGUUGUGGAGAAAUCUUUAGCUAAAAAGGAGGCUGCAGCUAAGGAUCCAAGUAAUGCUGCAAUGCAAUUAGAGUUUGAUGAUAAUAAAUGUAAACACGGAAAGGAGGGUAUUGUAGAAAGAAGUAGCCUUCAAAGUGGAAAGAAAGGAAGUUCUUCUAGAGUUGAAGUAGGGAAAUCAAGUGUCAAGAAGACUAAAAAAUCUGAAAAAGGAAGUGGCACCGAAGCAACCGACACUGUGAUGAAAGAUGUAGGGGAUAAUUCUGCAAAAGAGAAGGAGAACAUUGCAGUGGAUAAUGAAUCUAGAAAGGUGGGAUCUGGUGGAGACCAAAGCCCGGUAGCAAGAAAGAAAGUUGCAAAGUCAGCUAAAACAGGUACAAAGGCGGAGAAAGAGUCUAAGCAGCUCAGGGUUAAUCCUUUGGCUAGUAGAAAAGUCUUCCAGGACCAAGAACAUGAGCCGAAAUUUUUUAUUGUCAGUGGUCCUAGGUCCCAGAGAAACGAAUACCAGCAGAUCAUUAGGCGUUUAAAAGGAAAAUGUUGCCGGGAUUCUCAUCAGUGGUCUUAUCAAGCAACACAUUUCAUUGCUCCUGAAAUCCGUAGGACCGAAAAGUUUUUCGCUGCUGCUGCAUCUGGAAGUUGGAUUCUGAAGACUGACUAUGUGGCUGAUUCAAAGGAAGCUGGGAAACUAUUACAAGAGGAGCCUUAUGAAUGGCACAGUUCUGGUCUUAGUGCUGAUGGUGCGAUAAACCUCGAGUCCCCAAAGAAAUGGCGGCUCGUCAGGGAGAAAACAGGACACGGUGCUUUAUAUGGACUGCGCAUUGUUGUAUACGGUGACUGCACCAUCCCUUGUUUGGAUACACUAAAGCGAGCUGUGAAAGCUGGGGAUGGUACGAUACUUGCAACGGCGCCUCCUUACACGCGUUUCUUGAAUCAAAACACGGAUUUCGCGUUGAUAAGCCCCGGGAUGCCGCGGGAUGACGUCUGGAUCCAAGAGUUUAUACGCCACGAAAUCCCGUGUGUCCUCUCCGAUUACCUGGUGGAGUACGUUUGUAAACCCGGAUACGCACUUGACAAGCAUGUGCUCUACAACACGAACUCAUGGGCAGAAAAGUCGUUUAACAAGAUGCAGCUUAGAGCAGAUUUGUGUGUGUACCAUUAACUUAAAGUAGAUGAAUAAAUUUCCAAAAUUUUCAUAUAAACCAGUUUAUGCAAAUAAAAAACAAGAAGAAGUGACUUAUUGUGGAAACUCUCUACAAAAAAUCUUUGGCCUUUGGGAGAUAAAUAUAAUAACCAAAG